AUGGCUGGAUUCCAUCCCCACGGCGACCCGUACUUCCCAAACCAAGGCGAUGCUGGAUGGCUAGAGGAAGAACCAGAAGAUGAUCACCCAAUCCCUUUGGAUGAUCACCAUGCUGAAGGCUUUUCUGAUAGUUCUGACUCAGAGCCUGAAGUCAACAACCUACCCCAAGUGGGUCAGGCCCCGAAUCUCAACCCCCAACCCGCGUUUCAAGGUCCCACACCCUUGUGGGCAACAAACUUGAAUCGCUGGAGCGACGAACAGGGUCAACCCUUACCCUACUAUGGGGACCGAAGCUUCUAUGACCUUAGAGGAGGUGGCUCUGCGGAUCGAGCUCUGCCUGUUAUGAUCCGUAGGAUUGCUCGAAAUGUCGAGCAAGGUCGAGCAGCCAUCGACCGAGUCAUGGAAAUUGAUGCCAACUCGGGCGUUAACACCGUCCGCAUUCGACAUCUGGAAGACGCUGUCGAAGGGACGAGAAGAACCAAUGAGACUCUGCGGCAACAGUUAGCUGCAUCUCGGACCGAAGUCAUAGAACUUCGAGUUCGUCAGAGGGCUCACGAGCGACAUCUCCAAGAGGUGGUACGUCAACUGGCGGAUAUGAGGAUUCUCCCCAGGAAUUCCCAUCGCCGGUAG